AUGGCUAAAGUCGUGAAAUCGUUCUCUUUCUUAAAUGUGAAUAGGGCAAAGGUACGGGAGACCUCGGAUUCACCAAACCUGGGGGAGUCUUCCCUGGAAAUCAGUGAUAUUCCACGGAAAUGCCCCAAUAACAUUGUUUUCAGGAACACUGUGGGUUAUUACGACGACAUAUUCAGUUGUGAAAUUUUACACGAGGGCGAGAACAGCCAUCAGUCCUCCGUAAAAGCAAUGGCUGUGAAACUACGAAUGCAGCCCAAUGCGGAGAGCAUGAUGCUCUGUUUGGAGGAAUGUGAGAAGUUUCCAUCCCGAUACAAGUAUGCGAUAUUGUAUGACAGUUUGUCAAAUGGGUUACUUGAGAGUCUCGGAAAUUUUGUACGGGAUAAUGAGUCUGCUGAGAUUUCCUUGGCUGCGCCUUUACCCACUAUCAAGCUGCUACAGUGCAUGAUCAAGGAGACCAGAAGCUGUUUUGUAUUACGCCAGAAAUUUCUGGUCGAGAUAGUGGAACAUCCAGACAUAAUACGAGCUCUGGUGAAAUUUGUGGGAGAUUUCAGAUCCGAGAAUACUGAAGAAUUGAUGUUCGCCCUGAAACUGCUAGCGAAAGUUACUGCCUUUGAGAACGCAACUAACACUAGUCUGGUGGACUACAUGGUGGUUGAACUGAAGUUCUUGGAAAAUCUCUUUAUUCUCUUGAAUGACGCUUCUUUGAGUGAUUUCAACCGCGCACGUGUGGUGGACAUUCUUGGGAACAUGACGCGACAUGUGACUGCUAGAUCAUAUGUUCAUUUCGUGCCAUCGAAGGAGUCUGGCACAACGACGUUAUCCAGAGUUCUUAUUGACAAACUUCACAAUCCAGAAUUAUCAGAUUCGCUCAAGGUUUCAAUAAUACGAGGAUUUGGUAAUUCCAUUAGGGGAAAUGCCAAUUGUCGAUGUGUGUUCACCCAUAAAGAGUUCAGUCAAGGAGUUCUGGUUUACUCCAUCCAAAGCACUUCCCCAGAACUGAUAAUGGAGUCGUUGAAUCUGGUGGAAUUGCUCUGUGAGAAAACUACAAUAUUUUACACAAGUCUCAAAAGGCAGUGUCUUCGUGAUGGACUGUCGCGGUUAUUUCUCAAGCUAAUCAAUGGCACCGUUUCGGAAGGUGUUUUGAAAAAGACGUUGAAGGUCUGUCAGUUGAUGGUUCUUGACCAGAUUCUCAAGAAACACAUGAUACAGAGCAGUGUGGAGUCUCCACUAAAAAGUCUCCAAAUUCCUCUGGUUUUCGUUCCCUUGGCAAAUGAGUAUCUAAAACACCCAUCGGUGGAUAAGCUGCAUAAUUUAUGCAUGAUCUUGGGAAUAAUGGAGGCUGCUAUUGAAGAACCUUCCGUUGACGAGCCCUUCAGAAAUGCAAUACUUAACGAAAACAUUAUUAGCAUGCUUGUACAACUGUUGAAGAGUUCUGGAGCACAUGCGAAAAUUCGGGCCGAUCUGUUCAGUCUGGCAAGUGCAUUGGUUACUCCAUACAAUCUCUACAAUGCGAGUUCUUGUGGAAGAGGGUUCCCAAGACUCGAGGAGGAAUUUUUGAGAGGUGGAAUUUUAUUCGAAUGCCGCAGAGCUUUGGAGACUCCUGUGGAUAAUAUGGGCUAUAUAAGAGACACCCAAAUGUAUGCCCUUAAGUUCCUCAAACAGGUGAGCAAACGGUUGCAGAAUAAGAAGGAUCCGAAACGGAACGAAAUACGAAAUGCCUUCAAAAGCUGCACAGGAUUGGUCGUUGUCGUUAAACAAUUCAACACUCACCAUGAUCCUGUGAUUGCUGCUGAUUCCCACGAUAUUAGUGAGAUCUUGAACUUAACGUUUUCAAGAAGCUCGUUCAAUGCGUUAUUUUAA